UUCUUCCCUAAUGUCGCUAUCGUUGACUGACUUGAUCAGAAUCAUAUAGUUCUCAAAGAGUAGGUUUUUAAUUCCCGUACGUGAUCAACAAACAAAUGGUUUCAAAUUAGACUUUUGCUGAUCAAACCAGAAAUUUCUAUCUCCCUUUCCUUUUUUAAAAAGACUCGUUCUUUUUUUUCCUUUAUAAUCUCGACAAAGAGAGAAGUUACAUAUAUAAAUUUUAAGAAUUAUAACUCUUUUGUAAAGCAUUCAUCGCUUCAAAUCAUGGAGAUCAACGGUCAAGAAGGUCAUCGAUACGAAGAAUCAUCAUCAGAGUGGUUCGUAAAGUAUCUAAAACGUCAAGGCGAUUGGUUAGAGAAAACUAGAGGGAAUCUUAUGGUUACAGCUACGGUUAUAGCCGGUAUGAGCUUUCAAGUUAUGGUUAAUCCUCCCGGUGGCGUAUGGCAAAGUGACAAUUGUUCUUUCGGAAAUCAAACCGGAACCGCACCGUUUUGUAAGGGGAGAGCGGGAACUGCGGUAUUGGAAUAUGAGAGUUCAAAGCGUAUAGCGUAUAUUGGGAUGAUUAUUAGCAGUACAGUGUCAUUUUCUACCUCAAUGAGUCUCAUUCUCCUUGUCAUCAGCGGUAUACGACUAAGGAACCGGAUGAUAAUGGCUAUCCUCGGAACAUUUAUGGUGGUGGCGGUUCUUUGUAUAUCAGCGGCGUUCUUCUUCGCCAUCGUGCUGGUUCAAUCCGACGAUCAAAUAAUUCGUUAUAUACUAUUGAUUUAUGUGGGAUUUUGGGUUGUAUUUCCUGUUUUGAUACUUUUAAUCCAACUUGUUCGAUUUAUAGGUUGGCUUAUUUGUUUCAUGUGUUGUUGUUGUUGUCCACGUCGGCGACGGUUCCAUUAGGGAGAGGUCCCAUUAAGAAGAGAAGGAACCCGUGUUUCGAACCCACGUAUGAAUUUGGAACUUGAUGUAGGAAAGUGAUACUAGAAUAAAAGUCUCCCAAGGACAUUGUUAUAACGUUUAUUAAUUCUAUGGGUUAUUUUUAAACUGUUUAAUAAAUGCAUUUGAUUAUGUGAAUCUUGGCAAUUGUGUGGGUUGGUUUGUUGUAAAGUUAAUUAAUUGCGUGGGUUUGUACUGUUUAAUAAAUUCGUUUGAUUAAAAAUUGUAUGUUCAAAUAAUGUGAAUCGUGGCAAUAUCGCCUUGUGAAUCGUGAUUGGUGAA